AUGGAAGUGUUCCUCAUGAUCCGGGGCCACAAGACCAUCAUCUUUAAGGACUCCGAGGAAUCGAGCACCGUGUUUGAAUUGAAGCGCAUCUUGGAGGGCAUCCUCAAGCGGCCGCCAGGGGAGCAGCGGCUGUACAAGGACAACCAGGUCCUCCAUGAUGGAAAAACUCUGGGCGAGUGCGGCUUCACCGAUCAGACAGCAAGGCAACAGGUCACAGCCACAGUGGACCUGGCCUUCCGAGCAGAUGACACCUUCGAAGCUCUGUGUAUUGAGACCUUCUCCAGCCUUCCGGAACUGGAGAUGUGAUGUGAUGAAGCCACAGAAUUCUGGAGGCAGUGCCAAUGAACAAGCUGUGCAGUGAGGGCCUUAGGCCUACCCCCUAGAAAC